CUCGUCAACCUAAAUCUUUCAAGUGUUUGCCGUAGAUAAGAACUCUGGGUUAUCGUACUUGUAUUUAUAGAAAAGUCACAUUUGCUCUAAAUGUCUUUAAACCUCAUCGCAAAAACUGAUGCUGCGUUCUCUGGAAUAAAUUGUACUUGUGUACACUGAAAAUGACCGUUCUAGGCCACAUACUUUCAGCUUAAAGCGGAUCUCCCACGCCAGAUAAGUUUUUUUUUUUUAAUUGGCUAUGUAAAACUUAAAUUACCUUAACCUCUGCAACUCAUGUGUCCUGUCUCCGCCGGCCGCUCCGCCAAUUUGCAGUGUGAAAUAAUAAGUUAUAUUCCCCCUUCCGGUGUAGGCACCAUUUUAACUGUGGGCAUAAGCCCACACCCCGGCACUUCCUUUUCCAGGUGGAUGCUGAUGUCCCAGCAUCCACCGCUAGAUCUCGCGCAUGCGCGCGAGCAACGUGGACCAUCGGCUUUGGCGUUUGUGUUGCCAUGAAAUCGCGCGAUAUCUUGUCCAACAUGGGAAGAAUACGAUAUCAAGGGAGCUAUGGAACGAGCACCCAGAAGACACUGCGCGGGACAGGAAACGAAGAGAAACCCGAGCAAAAACCAGAGGAGGGCAGACCGGAAGACCAUCUAGUUUUAUGCCCUGAAUCAGUUGAAGCCAGUCCAGCAGUUAGCGGAAAGACCAUCUAUACAGCCCAUAGUUAUCCAGGCAGCCAAAGCCACGGAUACAGAGGUCUGCCUUAUGCGGAUCACAAUUACGGAGCCCCUCCACCACCUACACCCCCUGCUUCCCCACCAGUACAGGCCAUCAUUCCCCGUGCUGCAGAGGUAAACGGCAUUCACUCACCAGAAGAGAACUCUGGGGAUAGCGACAGCUCUUCUGAGGGUGAUGGAAUCGACAGCUGGUGCCAAUGCAAUCCCUCGGCGGAUGGCUUCAUUGUAAAGUGUGAGAAAUGCAGGGGUGUGAACCAAGGAAAGGUGAUUCAACUGAAUCGUAGGAAGCAGGACAAUGUCUCGGGAGGGGAGAGCAGUGCUACAGAGAGCUGGGAUGAGGAACUGUCUCCAUCUACCGUGCUUUACACAGCCACACAGCACACGCCCACUAGCAUCACGCUCACUGUCAACAGGGUUCGCAGGAGUAAACCCAAAAAGAGGAAGAAAAGCACAGAAAAGGCCCGUAAUGCUCCAAAGGCUAAGAAAAUAAAGGUAGAAAGGGCAUUUCGAGAAGGUUCCCGCAAGUCCUUACGAAUGAAGAACUCUCCAUGUGAAACUCAAACCUUGGACGAGAACACGGCAGAAGGCUGGGAGAAUCGGAUCAGGCUUUGGACUGACCAGUAUGAGGAAGCUUUUACUAACCAGUAUAGCGCCGAUAUGCAAAACUUGCUGGAAAGGCAUGUUCGCACCAUGAAAGAGCUGGCAGGCAAAGCGACACUGCCUGAAACCAUAAAGAAGACUGAACUGUCCUGUAACAACACCGUUUUGGGCUCUCAGAUGCAGUUCCAGCUGGGCAGAGUGGCACGUGUUCAAAAGCAUCGCAAGAUUCUGCGAGCUGCAAGAGACUUGCCAGCAAACUCUCUGGUCAUUGAAUACCGAGGCAAAGUCAUGUUACGGCAGCAGUUCGAAGUCAAUGGGCACUUUUUCAAAAAACCAUACCCCUUUGUUCUGUUCUACUCCAAAAUCAAUGGCUUGGAAAUGUGCGUGGAUGCUCGUACGUUUGGGAAUGAUGCCAGGUUUAUCAGACGGUCCUGUACACCCAAUGCUGAGGUCCGUCACAUGGUCGCAGAUGGGAUGAUUCAUCUGUGCAUUUAUUCUAUUGCUGCUAUUGCAAAAGACACGGAGGUCACCAUUGCUUUUGACUAUGAUUACAGUAACUGUAAUUAUAAGGUGGAUUGCGCAUGCCACAAAGGGAAUCGCAACUGCCCGGUACAGAAGCGGAAUCCCGCAGCCUCGGACUUGGCACCGGCUCUCCCUUCAACGCUAACCAUAGGAGCAGAGACGAGGCACCGUAAGGCGCGAAGAAGAGAGUUGGAACUGCAAGGUUAUGUGCUGGAUGAUAACACCCAUCAGCAAAACGAUGGUCUGGCAGAAGCCCCUGCCGCGGAUUCAGCUGUUGGUGACAAUGAGGCUGAAGGGGAGGUUGCAGUUAAAGAGGAAGAUACUAAGGAGGAAGAGGAGACCGGACCCACUUUUCGAACUAGAAGGUCCAAAGAGGAGAAGAAAACUGAACCUGCCCCACAUGUGGUGGACACCUCGGAUAAGAGAAGGCGGCGCAGAGAACAGCCUUCUGAACCAGUUGCUGCCGAGCCCGAAGCACCUUCUGCCGAUCAGGCAGCAUCUGAUCCUGCAAUUAAGGCUGAAGAACCAGAGCCAGAACCUGAGAGUCCCGCGAUAAUACCGGAGCCUGUAGCCACCCCCACCCUGGGAGUGAACACCAGGAGAUCAUCACAAGCCCUGGAAACCGCUGUAGAAAAACCUACUCCUAAAUCGGUUACACCAAAACCAACAAGGCCACGUCCAAAAAGCCGCAUGUCGCGUUAUCGAAGCGCUUCCGCUCAAAGGCUAAGGAGAAGGCAAUCUGUGGCACAACAGGUGGAACUGGCACCCCCAGUGGUUGAGGAAGGAACUGCAAGUUCAGGAACCAUAGACACUGGUGCUUUAGAAGCUUUAGGAACGGGCGAAGCCCCACAAGGGUCAGAAUCUCCUGCGCUUACCCAGUCAGUUGCCCAGCCAACCCGUGCUAGCCAUAAAUACCACAAGACUAAAAAGUACCUGGUAACAGAAUGGUUAAAUGACAAGGUGGUGGAAAAGCAGGACUGUCCCAUGGAUCAGCCGUUGCGGAUUACCACAGAUCCCACAGUGUUGGCGACCACCCUUAACAUGCUCCCUGGACUGUCUACUUCCCCUUCCAUUAACACACUUCCCAAACACUACAUACGCUUUGUAUCUCCUUAUAUGCCUGAAAGGCGAAGGAGACCCCCAAAGGUGGAUGGCACUUAUGGAUCAUGUAAAAAGCGCUGGAUAAAACUAGCCUUGGAAGAGGCUGUGGUACAGCCAGCCGGUUCUGAACAGGAAACAUCACAACCUUUAUACCAAAGUAAUGAGAGCAACAGCUCAUCCAACAAUGGAACCAAUACAGAAGUUACUGCCCCUUUAAAAAAGUGGAAGACGAAAUACAUUCUGGAAGAAAAUUCCACCGUUGUGUCGAGCCCAGUACCAUUUCCCCAUGCUCUCCCCAAUUCCACCAACACAGAUUCCCUCAGUCCCAUGCAGACCACACCCAGCUCUUCCCUUCCCGGUGAAGAGGAAUCCCGAUAUGCAUAUGGACUCUUGUUCUCUCCCAUCCCAUCCCUCACUGCUAGCCGCUGCAAUACUCCACUACAGUUUGAGAACAUAUCCUCCCCCGAGAGCUCCCCAGCGCAUAGGCCUGAGUCCCUUUCACCAGAGCCUUGUCUUCGGCCUGAUGUUGACCUGGUAAAGCCCACUUUCUUGGAUGUAUCUAUGGAAAAUUGCCAAGAGCUCCAAACUACUGUCACCACAGGCCUAUGCGAUCUUGCUGCUCAGUCACCUAGCACGUCUCUGCCGUACGGUGUCUCGUCCGAGUCAAAUGUUCUUGGAAAAUCCGGAGAAGGCUCAAUGCUGCUAAGAACUUCGGAACAGACUUUCAGGACUGAGUUCAAUUUAAUGUAUGCUUUCUCCCCAUUAAAUGCUAUGCCCCGGGCAGACGGCUCAUUACGGGGCUCACCUCUUGUCGGAGAAAGGAAGCCCUCUCAAUCAGAUAUGUACUGUGGCUCUCCAGUGGAGGCCUUUUAUAACAGAGCAGGUCCUGGACUUUUAAAAGAAUCUGCACAAGGAUCCAUGUCUCCUUGCAGUGAAAGGAUUUGUGAGGGCAUCAGGUCUCCUCCUCAAAACCCACCACAAAGGAAAAAGGUAUCGCUCUUGGAGUAUCGGAAGAGGAAGCAGGAAGCCAAGGAGGUGACGUCUUCCCCUGGCGGAGACGUAAUACGCUGCUGUGCUGGGACUCCAACUCGUCAAAGCAGCAACGGCUCCAUUUCUGAUACAGACCUGUGUACUGGGUUGCAGCUCCAGGCACCAUGUUCCCCACAAAGUGGCUUCUCUUCUCCAUCCCAUUCAUCUAUGCCUCAGAUCGAAGAAGUCAGCCCUACCGAAGUAAGGACAGUGAGCUCUGGUCCGAGUAAGACAGUGGAGAACAUCAGUAGCCGCUGGAUGGUUCCAACAUCAGUGGAGCGGCUACGUGAGGGGCAGGGAUUCCUGGAGCGUGUGUUGCGGAGUGGAGUGAAAGUGCCACAUCGGGGAGAGCGAUCACCUUCCAGAGAAAGUAGUCUGGACAGAGACUCUGAGGAUGGAGACUCGGAGGCGAUGAAUAUGGCGGUUUCUAAAGGACCAGUCUAUAGCCCUUCCAGAUACAACUAUCAGUUCCUGCAGUGUGACAGUCCUCAACAAGAGACGAUCAACCCCCUUUCUCAAAGCUCGUCACCUUUCCGCGGCCCAGCUGCUCAGCCCAGUGGUUACAGCUAUAGGACACUGCAGAGGACGUCCAGCCACAACGAGUCGUCUGUCAUUUCCACUUCUUAUACAAGUCCUUCCCAUAUUGCUUCCACAGACUCGCCCAGUAGUACCCAGUGUUCAGGGAGCUCUGGGUAUUACAACAGCCAGCAGCAGCAGCUUUAUGGGAGCAAUGCUGGCACGUGCCAGCCAAGGAAAAGCUUCCACCAUCGAGUUCCCAGUCGUGAGGCAAGUCCAGCCCAAUUGCUCAGGACAGACUCUAUACCCUCAGACUCGCAAGCCAGCACUGGGGCUUCUGGCAACUCCACCCCUCAGGGGUCCAGAUCAGACUCUCGAACUAUAAACAGGAUUUCUACUGUGUCUAGCCCACAGCAUUAUCCACAGCGCACCUCUAGUGUUCACCAGUACCGACUGCAGCAGAUACAAGGCUCAGGAGUUAAAACGCAGACUGGCCUUUCCUAGGACUGCUUAAGAGGGGAGAACAGCAUAGCACUAUCCUGUCAGCCAUUCCUAACAUCUGCCCCAAAAGUGGGGGGGGUGGAUCAAAAGGGUGGCGCAGACCUGCUCCAGAGAGGAGCCUGGGUUGGGUGGGUUUUGGACUGAGGAAAAGGUGGAGGCUUAAGCUUGCUGGUCGUAUCCGCUCCCACUCGCUACACUUUACACAUUGCAAGAAAAGCCAACGCCUCAAGAAUCGAAUUAAGUUGUGUAGACCUUCAAAAUCAUGCAGUUGCUCGGUUUUUCUCUCUUAUCACCAGAAACCUCCUGUAGUCACUUGUGCAGUAAGGACAACUUUUAUAAGAAAUAAGAAUUCAAUGGUUAAUACAAAAAAUGACUUUAAAGGGCAAGGAGAAAGGGGUUUAAAGAAGAACCUAUAUUUUGUAGCAUCGGGAUAUAACACGUUUUUUUUUGUUUUGUUCUGUGGGGUGGGGGGUGUCGAGGGGAUCCGGGGUAGGGGCCAGAGUUAUACAGUUUGGCCAAUCAUUCCUGAAACACACAGAUCUGGCCUCCAUUCCUCCGUAUCUGGCGCCACCACUGCCAGUUGCAAGGUGACAUCUGUCAACUGUAAAGGGGUUCUUGAAAGCAAGACUGUGCAGUUUUUGUUUUUU